AAAUGGCUAUAGAAAAAACAAAAAAGGGCAACUCCACUACUAGUCUACUUUCAUUUCUUUCUUUCAUCAUUAAAGUGUCUCUCUUCUACAGCUCCAGAAACGCUGAUCUGAUCCGAAAGAAUCAAAGGCUGUUCCGGGAACUCUUUAACAAGAGAGAAUUGGGGAUAUGGGUCGUGGAGUCAGCUAUGGAGGAGGGCAAAGUUCACUGGGAUACUUAUUUGGGGGCGGUGAAGCGCCAAAAUCAACCACGGAAAAUGCCCAAGCUGUUCAAAGUGAAGCGCAGGCAAUAAAUAAAGAGCCAGCUUCAAAGCCUGCCGUUUCUGCUCCAGUUGAUGCUGCUAAGCAGAUUCCUGCUGGUAUUCAAAGCACCCAUUCAUUUAACCAUUUCAGGAGAGAUGGUCAAAACACAGGCAACUUUAUCACG